UCUAGUGCAGCUGCAUAUCCAUAUGAUCUGCUGAUGGUUGAUAAGAUGAGAGUGGCCGCCACCCGUUCUUCUGCCUCUUCAAGUCUCAACUUUCCACCACUAGUAGUACCUUUUAGUCUUCUUCAUUCUCCACAUUCUUCGACGAUUCAAUCCUUCGCAUUCAACCUCUCCACCUCUCCAUCUUGAAUCUGGUCUCUCACAGCAUGUCUUAGAUGCAUAUGAUUUAUUUAUGACACAAAUCCCUACUCUUCUUUUUAUCUUUCCCUUUUUCCUUUCCUAAUACUUCGCUACCGUUCCGACCUCAUGGCACGCUCCGCCAUUGUCCAAGAAUACAAUCCUCCGCCUACGUCGAAUCCCACCCUGAGCGUUGAUCAGAAAGUCUCCCUCGAGCGACAGACAAAUGGCAUCCCUCGUCCUCAAGGCUACCGAGUCUCAUGGCACGCCAAUCCGGCCGUGGAACCGCACCACUUUGGCCAGUCGCAUCCCAUGAAACCCUGGCGACUCACCCUCACAAAGCAACUCGUCAUGGCCUACGGGAUGCACCACGCCAUGGACCUCUAUCUGGCCCGCGCUGCGACGUACGAAGAGAUGGCUGACUUCCACCAGACGGAUUACCUCGAUUUUUUGAGGCAAGUGAUGCCCGGGGACAUGGAGAAUCCAGAGCAAAGCGAAAACAUUGCGCGGUUCAAUUUCGGCGACGACUGUCCCAUCUUCAACGGGCUGUACAACUACUGCUCGCUCUACGCCGGCGGUAGCAUCGACGCGGCGCGCAAACUGUGCAACAACCAGUCCGAGAUCGCGGUGAACUGGUCGGGCGGCCUGCACCACGCCAAAAAGGCCGAAGCCAGCGGCUUCUGCUAUGUCAACGACAUCGUCCUCGGCAUCCUGCAGCUGCUCCGUCACCACCCACGCGUCAUGUACAUCGACAUCGACGUGCACCACGGCGACGGCGUCGAGCAGGCCUUCUGGUCCACCGACCGCGUCCUCACCGUCUCCUUCCACAAAUACGACAAGGAUAACUUCUUCCCCGGCACGGGGCCCCUCGACAGCACCGGCCCAACCCACCCGCUCAACCCCGGCGCGCACCACGCCGUCAACGUCCCCCUCAACGACGGCAUCGACGACGAGUCCUACAUCCAGCUCUUCCGCGACAUCGUCGGCGCCUGCGUAGACACCUACCGCCCCGGCGCCAUCGUCCUCCAAUGCGGCGCUGACUCCCUCGGCUGCGACCGCCUCGGCUGCUUCAACCUCAACGUCGGCGCCCACGGCGCCUGCGUCGCCUUCGUCAAGACCUUCGGCCUGCCCCUCCUCGUCGUCGGCGGCGGCGGCUACACCCCGCGCAACGUCUCCCGCGCCUGGGCCCACGAAACCUCCAUCCUCAUCGACGCCCAGGACCUCAUCGAUCCCAACAUCCCUGACACCGUCGCCUUCCGCAACCACUUCGGCCCGGACUUCUCGCUCUUCCCGCCCCUGUCGGAAAUGCGCAAGCUCGAGAACAAGAACUCCCGCCCGUACCUCGCCGGCCUCGUCGAGGCCGUCCGUGAGCAGCUCCGCUAUAUCCAGGGGGCCCCAAGUGUCCAGAUGAGCUUCAUCCCCCCGGAUAUACUGGGUCUGCGCGAGGACACAGAGAAGGAGAUCGAGGAGACGACCGCCCAGCUGGAGGAGGAGCGCGAGGAGCGCGAAGGGCCCGGUAGUGCGGCGGUCAAGAGCAAUCGACGGCGGGAGUUGGAGAGGGGUGCCGGAUAUCGGGGAGAGCUGUAUUCUUGAUUGUCUUGAGUUUUCAUUUUUCCCCGGGCGUUUUGGAUUCUAUGACCUGAUCUUGGGUGGUUUACUCGUUUGCAUGGGUGGUGCUUUGGCGUUUGGCUCAAAUCUCGUUGCUUGAUCUAUGAUAUCCCAGAAGAGAUUUUCUUGUAUGUUCAAUUCUUUUUUGGUUAUCAGUUCUCAGCCGGUGGGGAAAAAAAGUAGGUCAGAAGGACCAAAUCUAUUUAUUAUAGAAUUAAGAUACUCCCAGCCUAACCUCCCAUCCUUCUAUCAAUCCCAUAUUCCAAUA